AUGCAGUCCUUGAUGUUGCUGGUGUCUGCACUGGCUGCCACCGUCCUUGCUGUCCCGAUGUACCCUGAGCUCAACAUGAACGCUGUCAUGCCCCGGGAACUGGAUGACAUGACACACUAUUUCAACAUGCUAGCAAGCAAAGUCCAGGUAAGCGAGGACAUGUCGUUCGCCCCGGUGUGUGAUGCGUCGAGGAUAGUCAUGCCGUUAUUAUCACCAACACCACUACCACCCCCCAGUCCAGGACUCACCCUCAAGCACGUCGCAGUCGGUCGGGGUACGCAAAAUUACACAUGUGACACGACGAACUCAACAUCAGUCCCGGUCAGCAUCGGAGCCAAGGCGACGCUCUUCAAUGCAACUUGUGUGGCGGCCACAUACCCGGGCCUGUUCAGCUUGCUACCCAAGGUGGUGUUGGGGCUCAAUCUGGAACCAGGCGCAGCUCCGAUAAACCCGGCCAUCAGCGGCCAGCACUUCUUUCUGGCCACCGGGGUGCCCUUCUUCGAUCUCAACACGCCCGCCAUGCAGCUGGGCGAAGCACACUGUGCCCUGAACAAGUCGAUCCCGGCGCCGCCGAAUGCACCCCGAGGCCGCGUCCGCGAGCCUGCCGUCGUCUGGCUCAAGCUGCUGACCAAGAACGGCACCACGGGCAACCUUCAGGAGGUCUAUCGGCUGCAGACCGCCGGGGGUUACCCCCCCGGAGACAUGUCGGGGCAUGCCGGCUGUAUUCGAGCAUACUGGUUUUACGUGUCGUAG